AAUGGCAGCGAGCACAGACUCACCGGAGUCCUGGUACCUGGCCCUGCUGGGCUUUGCAGAACAUUUCCGCACCUCCAGUCCGCCGAAGAUCCGCCUGUGCGUCCACUGUCUGCAGGCAGUGAUUCCGUUCAAGCCGCCUCUGUGGUUCGAGGCCCAGACUCACCUCAACAGCGAGCUGGUCCAGACUCACCCGGAGAAGGCGUGGUUCAUAUCUCAACAAAUCUCUCAAUUUGAAGACGUCAAGUUUGAAGCAGCAAGUAUCCUGUCAGAGUUUUAAUGUCAACAGAACUUGGUGGACUCAGCAAAGCCAGUGCUGUGUAAGGCCAUCCAGAUCUCUCAGCAGACUCCCUACUGACACUGCAGACUGCUUUUUCAACUGGCACAACUACAUGCACUGGAGAAAGAUUUGGUAUCCGCCUGUGACCUGCUAUGAGUCGGAGCAGAGUACGCAAGAGUCAUGGGCUCAGAGUACACUAGAGCUUUAUUCUUAUUAAGUAAAGGAAUGCUGUUGCUGAUGGAGAGGAAGCUGAGCGAAGUGCACCCUCUGCUGACGCUGUGCGGGACUAUUGUAGAGAACUGGCAGGGAAACGCCAUUCAGAAGGAGUCCCUCAGAGUUUUCUUCUUGGUGCUGCAGGUUACACACUACCUGGAUGCUGGACAGGUAAAGAGCGUGAAGCUGUGUCUGAAGCAGCUUCAGCAGUGUAUCCAGACCAUCUCCACUCUCCACGACGAUGAGAUCCUUCCCUCUAAUCCAGCCGCUCUCUUCCACUGGCUGCCCAAGGAACAUAUGUGUGUACUUGUGUACCUGGUGAGAUUCUGUCACACACACAGAGGGCCCAUCCUGUCUACGUUCCAAGUCAUCCUACUGGAGCACAUCAUCAUGUGUCGGCUGGUCACUGGACACAAAGCUGCAGCAUUACAAGAGGGACGUUACAAUGAGGCCAAAAGAUUUUUAAGGGAGACUCUAAAAAUGUCGAAUGCUGAGGAUCUAAACAAGCUGACUGCCUGCUCACUAGUCCUACUGGGUCAUAUCUUCUUCGUUCUGUUGAAUCACAGGGAAAGUAACAAUAUGGUGGUUCCUGCCAUGCAGCUGGCCAGCAAGAUCCCAGACAUGUCUGUGCAGCUCUGGUCCUCUGCUCUUCUCAAAGAUCUGAACAAGGCUUGUGGAAACACCAUGGAUGCCCACGAGGCAGCCCAGAUGCAUCAAAACUUCUCCAAGCAAGUCCGGCAGGACCACAUCGCAGCCUGCAGCCUCCCCGAGCACAAUCUCAUCAGUUGGACAGACGGCCUCCCCCCCGUGCAGUUUCAGCCUCAGAACGGACCUACAACCAGCCUGGCCAGCCUGCUCUGA